AUGUAAAAUUCACAAAAAGUCAAUGAUUAGAUGAAAUUUAAUUCAUUCAUUCUCAAAAAUCAAAUUGAUAAUAGAUGGUAAUUUAAGAAGAAAAAGAAAAAAAGACCGCUCUCAAAAAUUGCAUUUGGAUCCUCACAAGAGAGAUAGAAAAAUGGGAAAUCACCUUAGCUGUUGGAUUAUUAAAUAAAUUAUUUAUCAGUCCUGCCUAAUACAAGAAAUGUGCUGAUUUCCAAAAAUGAAAGAACUCAAAGAUCUGUAACAGAAAUUUCUAAGUCUUGCCAUUGUCCAGUUAAUAUCAGGCUUCCAACUUUAAACUAAUAACAUGUAUAAGAAAAUAUCAAACCAUGUCACUUUCAAGUAAAAGAAUACACUCCUAAAUUGUAUGAUGAUCUGCCAUAUACUUCAGAUCAAUUAAAAGAAUUCUUUAAUUAGCUAACGUAAGAUAUUUAUUUAGUUAUUUUAGAUCUAAACAUAAAGUUAAAAAACCCGAUUAAUAUUUUAAUUUUUGAAAGUUUCAC